AUGGCAUACGUAUUGGACACAUACAAUCAGUACAGAGAUCUGCCGCAAAUACCUUUUCAGUCGGACUCUCAGUCUACGACAUGGAGUGGCGAGCCACAAAUGUCGUUCCAACAAGGCUUGACGACAACGAACGAUGGCUAUUAUCUUCAACGAGGGAAUAACGACUAUAUGCACAUUCAGACGAUGCAACGCUUUCUAGGGGAUGCCACACCACUCACUUCGGGGUUACUGCACGCGAACCUGAACCACGGCAUCCACCAUCAAGGCCGGACACUAAGUCCAUAUCCGACGCCGGAGUAUGCUCGACACGAUUCUCCUGACGAGACCUCAACCUCAGGAAACUCCAGCUAUGCUACCGGAAACGAAGCUCGCUCGCCCCAUGCGUACCCAGCGGGUUCCUACGGUAGCCCAAGAGACUACAUCUCGUCCAGCUCACCAUAUACCGUCGUUGAGCAUGUCAAACAAGAGCCUUUCCCUCAUGAGCUUGCCCGUGGUGGUGGUAGUGUGACCAUGCGCGAGCUAGAAUUGUACAACCACCAGCCAGAGCCUGAGCCUACAAUCGGGGAAGGUGACGAUGUAGAGACGAAGAUGGAAGUUGACGGCGCAUACGAACCAGACCCAGACUAUACGAGGAUUGAUUCAGGAACCGAAGGAUACAAGAAGUCAUCCGACUCUGCCGUUAGCCACUCUUUGAGGGAUGCUGAAUCCGUUCAGCCUAUGGAUCCAAGCGAUGGCGAAUCUUCCGACGCUGAUUAUACUCCCCGGUCAACGAGACGCAGGCGCUCGUCUGCAUCCACAAGUAGCUCCAAAGGCCAAGGUCAACGUCGCCACCCUGCUAAUGGGCGCAAAGGUUCCUCGGCGGCAAUCACUCCAACCGCUCGGGUCACUAAGAGGGGCGGCAGGGGACCGAACAAGAUGUCGAGCGAAACGUUUAUCGUAGACUCACAACGACACUUUCCGUGUCCGCUGACCAUGUAUGGCUGCUUGUCCACCUUCUCGUCAAAGAAUGAGUGGAAGCGGCAUGUCAGCACCCAGCAUAUCAAGCUCGGCUUCUGGCGCUGCGACCUAUGCGCAACGACCGUUGAUCCCCAUGAUCAAGAGGUCGUCUACCACAAUGACUUCAACCGCAAAGACCUGUUCACGCAGCAUCUCCGCCGCAUGCACGCCGCACCUCCGAACCAGUCGCACCGCAGCCAGAAAGAGUACCCAGUGAACGAAGACAACAUCGCCGAUCACCAGAAGCGAUGUUUCCAGGUUCUCCGUGGGACUCCGAAGCAGUCUUCAUGCCUCUACUGCGACGAGACCUUUUCGGGCCCUGCCUCGUGGGAGAACCGAAUGGAACAUAUCGGGCGGCACUUGGAGAAGGAUCGUAAAGCGGGCAGCGUCAUUGGUCACGUUGGUACUUGGAACAUCGACAAGACACAUGAGCGAUGGCUCAUUAACGAAGGUAUCAUUGCGCUGGAUAAAGUGGGCAAUUGGAAGAUCGGCGACGGUCGUCCGCGCAGGCAGUGCGUGAGUGAUGAGGAUACAUCUGAAGACGAGUAA